AUGUCGAGGAAUGAAUCGUCCCGCCCUCUGACCUGCGGCCUCUGCUCGGAUCCAGAAAAUGAUCAAAUGGUGGCGUGUGAUCUUUGCGAUAAAUGGUACCACUAUAAAUGUGUACAUGUAGGAGACUCUAUUGCAGAUCAGUCGUGGUCGUGUCCCGGCUGUAGGAAUGAACUUCUAGCCGCUAGCACGCCGGUGGGACAACCCGCCAAAUCCAUUGGGUCUCGACGUUCCGGGAUAAGCUCAUCGUCAUCUAUCCGUGCGGCAAGAGCCGCCCUAGAGCUGCAGCAGCUCGAAGAACGCAAGCAGCUAGAGAUGAAACGGGUUGUGGAAGAAGAAGAGCGCCGUAAACAAGAAGCGGAGCUCGAGAAGUCGCGGAUUGAACAACUGCGACUGCACCGUGAGAAGGAAGCGGACCUGGAACGGAAGAAAUUGGAAAGCCAACGACGACAGCUCGAAGAAGAGCAGGCGCUUGCGAAGAAGAAGCUCGAAGAAGAGAAGUCUCGAGCAGAUUUGCUUCGACAAUUGGAGGAUAAAUACCUGGCAGAGAAAUACCGGAUUCUGAAUUCUCAGCUAGAAGGUGCAUCGAUUAGCCCCAGUUCGGGAAGCAGCGUAUCCUCGGUGCGUACGUCGAAGAGUGCGAAAGUGUUGCCGAACGCGAAACAGCGGAAGCCGGUCAACCUUCCAAGAGGUGCCGAAGAACUACGUAGUCAACAGGUGGGUCUGCGAAUGCCGAAGGGAAUUGAGGAAGAUCGGGAGCGGCUGAACCAGAUGCGUCACGAAGAGGACAAACGUAGAGAAGAAUCGCGCAAAAUGUUGGAACAGAUGGGAUUUGCGGAGAAGCACAACGUGCUUUACGCGCCACGAAUGCAGAACGCCGCGGAGUGGGCGAUGAAUCUUCCAGAUGAAGAAUCCGCCCCAGGUGGAAUGCCGACCUUUCCUGUGCCGAUGAGUAAACCCGGCCAGGAGAGAUACACUGGUGCGUAUCCAAAACCGAAAAAACAGGUAAGCGAAGAUCCAGGAGAGCCUGUUCCUACAAUCCCCUGCGCGAAUAGAGUCGGUGGCCCAAACACCCAGAUCGACGGGUCGGGAUUUGGCAUCGACCGCUUCAUCAGACGGGCAGCUCCGUCGUUCAACUUGCCACUUCAGCCAUCGCACCUGCCCACAGUUCCUGAGGAAAACCCUCCGUCAACGUAUCCUGCUCCGGUGGACCUGAGGAGGGGCUCAAAUCCAAGGCCAGCUCAAGUUGCCACGCAAAAUAAUCCAGGCUCAUCUGGCCUGACGAACUCACAAUUGGCAGCUCGACAGGUGCUACCGAAGGAUUUGCCAGUUUUUUCCGGUAACCCGGAGGACUGGCCAGUUUUCAUUAGUAAUUAUGAGAAUUCCACCAAUGAAUGCGGUUACUCUAAUGCGGAAAACCUCAUCCGCCUACAGCGUUGCCUACGAGGAGACGCAUUAGGAGCAGUCCGGAGCCGUCUUCUACUUCCGGCGUCGGUACCAAGCGUGAUCGAGACGUUGAGAAUGCUAUUUGGCCGGCCUGAAGUUUUAAUACAUUCACUUUUGGCCCAAAUUCGGAAUACGCCAGCUCCCCGUGAAGGAAGGUUGGACACACUCAUUGCAUAUGGUAUGGCGGUACAGAACUACUGCGACCAUUUAGUGGCAGCGAGACAAGAAGCACAUCUUUCUAACCCGACGAUGUUACACGAAUUGGUCGAAAAGCUUCCAUCAGAGAUCAAGCUGAAAUGGGUGGACUUCAAAGAGAUGGUUCCAGUAGUGACCCUCGAUACCUUUGGAAUGUUCAUGGCGCAGAUGGUUCGGAAAGCCAGUGAGGUGACAACGUUUCGACCAGCAUCAUCGAUGAAGGCUCUGAAAGAGGAAACACGAAAGGUCGGUUCUUCCAAAGCAAGAGGAUAUGUGAACCAUCACAGCGAUCACCGACCGUCUGGUGAUGACAAGAUGAAACAGUUACCGAAAAUGUGUCCAGUCUGCAGUAAGUUGGGGCAUGCGUUGGAUGGUUGUAGUUCGUUUAAACUUCUUCCUGCGGAUGAUCGCUGGAGGGUGGUUAGAAUGAAUAAUUUGUGCAGAACGUGCUUGAAAAAUCACAUACCGUUUCCCUGCCGACGACCGAAAGAUUGUCCAGUCAAUGGAUGUAGGCUACGUCAUCACCCUCUUCUUCACACCCUACCGUCCGAAUCUAAGCCCAGUCCACAAAACUACCACUCGGGCUGCCACGGCAUCUUGUACCGGAUUAUACCUGUCACGGUGUAUGGUGCAAUAGGUUCCGUUAGCACCUUCGCUCUACUAGACGAGGCUUCGGAGGUAACAAUGAUUGAGAAGAGUCUAGCUGACAGUCUAGGAUUGAAAGGGUCUCCAGACCCGCUGCACCUUCGCUGGACUGGGAAUGUGACCCGAGUAGAAGAACAAUCCUGCGUUGUGAAACUGGAGGUAUCCGGUACAGGGGCCAACCGACGGUUCAACCUGGUUAAUGCACGCACCGUCGAAUCCAUGGAACUUCCUGUUCAAUCGAUUAAACUAGAUGAUUUAGUCGAAAACUUUCCAUACCUUAAAGGACUACCAAUUGAAGGGUACGAAAAAGCUCGUCCGCAAUUGCUAAUUGGAUUGGAAAAUCUGUAUUUAGCCGCUCCGCUGAAGAUUAGAGAGGGGCACCGUGGUCAACCAAUUGCCACUAAAACGAGGUUGGGAUGGUGCGUGUAUGGUGGAGUGCCGACGAAGCAAGGGAAGUCACCAGGGGUUUUCCAUGUCAGCCAUUCGAGUGAAGAUCAGCAGCUACAUAAACUGGUGAAAGAACACUUCCUGAUGGACAAUCUCGGGGUGUCUCCAUUGGGUACCAAGCUCGAGUCGACAGAAAACAAAAGGGCAAGACAGAUUCUAGAAUCAACUACUCGGCGUGUGGCUGAGGGUUUCGAAACCGGACUUCUUUGGAGGAGGGAUGAUAUUAGCUUUCCAAACAGUUACGCCAUGGCUUUCAGCCGCUUGAAAAGCAUUGAACGGAAGAUCCAGAAAUCACCGGGACUAGCAGAGCGAGUGAACGAUCUAGUGGACGCAUACUUGGAAAAAGGCUACGCACGAGUAGCCACGCAGGACGAUUUUACAGCAGAUCAAGCUCGAAUAUGGUACUUGCCAUUAGGACUUGUGAUCAACCCGAAGAAGCCGCAGAAACUACGCCUAAUUUGGGAUGCCGCCGCUCAGGUGAAUGGUGUGUCAUUUAACUCGAUGAUACUGCCAGGUCCAGACCUCUUGGUGCCUCUGACGAGUGUUCAGUACCGAUUCCGACAGCGACGAGUGGCGAUAACUGGGGACAUCAAGGAAAUGUACCACCAGUUCAAAAUUAUAGACCGAGACCAGAAGUCACAGAUGUUUUUGUACCGCAAAGAUCCGUCAGAAGAGCCUACUAUCUACGUGAUGACUGUGGGAAUUUUUGGAGCCGCUUGUUCGCCAUGCUCGGCUCAGUUUAUAAAAAACCUAAAUGCGAAGGAGUACGAGCACACUUUUCCAGAAGCAGCGGAAGCAAUUAUAAAAGGUCAUUAUGUCGACGAUUUUCUAGACAGUAAGGAUUCCAUAGAGGAGGCUCUUCGUCUGGCAGAGGAAGUGAGAUACGUCCACCUACAGGGUGGUUUUGAAAUAAGGAACUUUCUAUCCAAUUGCCCGGAAGUAAUCGAUGGUCUGGGAGAACGGAGUACGACUACUGAUAAAAUGUGGAGUUCAGAGGUAGAAGCAGCGGAAUCGGUGCUGGGAAUUCGCUGGCUGCCUCGGUCCGACGAAUUAACCUUCUCUGUGUACAUGCCGACCACAGUGGAGAAUCUACUAGAUGGCUCCAUUCGUCCAACGAAGCGACAAGUGUUAAGAACCGUCAUGAGUCUAUAUGAUCCUCUUGGCUUUCUCGCAACUUACGUGAUCCAAGGUAAGAUGAUCAUCCAAGAACUUUGGCGUAUCAGUUGCGGCUGGGAUGAACAGGUAGACGAUCAAGUUUUCAACGACUGGAAGCGAUGGGUUACGCUUCUGCCCAGGCUCAACGACAUUAGAGUUCCGAGGGCGUAUUUCGGAUCGGCUAUACCAGAACAAUGCCAACCAAUUCAGCUGCAUACAUUCGUCGAUGGGAGCAGUACUGCAUAUGCUUGUGUAGUAUACAUCCGCUUCGUCCACGCUGGUCAACCGCGGUGCGCAUUAGUGGGAGCAAAAGCUAAGGUAGCGCCCAUUAAAACACUAUCGAUCCCACGACUAGAACUGCAAGCGGCUACACUGGGGACCAGAUACGCACAGUUUAUUCUGGAGAAUCACCAAAUACCAAUUCGGCAACAGUUUUAUUGGACUGAUUCAUCAACUGUUCUUCAUUGGAUCAACUCUGAUUCUCGGAAAUAUCGGCCGUACGUCGCAUGCAGAAUUGGGGAAAUUGUGACGACUACAAAUCCAUCGGAAUGGAUGAAAGUACCAUCGGCGGAGAAUGUGGCGGACAAGGCGACGAAGUGGGGCAACGGCCCAUGUUUUGAUGCUGAAGAUCCUUGGUUUCGAGGUCCGAAGUUCUUGUGGAACCCAGAGGAAUGGUGGCCUGCACAAAAUUGGAGGGGAAAAGAAGCAGCAGAGGAACUACAUACCGUUCUGGUCAACCAUCGUGUGGUCAACGAAGCAGUGAUUGAUGUGGCCCGUUUUUCAAAGUGGGAACGGUUGCUGCGUACCAUGGCAUACAUUCUAAAGUUCGGAAGUACAACGGAAAAUAGGCCGUCAUCGGAGUUAUUGGUCAAUUCAGAUCUCCUGCGCAGAGCGGAAGUGAAGCUGUGGAAGAUUGUCCAAUCAGAAGCGUUUCCUGGAGAGAUUGCAGCGUUGCAGAACCCAAGUUCAACAAAGCCUUCGGGAGCGGUGCCGGUAUCGAGCAAGUUACACAAGUUAUCUGCUUUCCUGGAUGAGGAAGGAUUGGUUCGAAUGGAUGGUCGUAUCGGCACCGCUCCCAACCUGCCGAACGAAGCUAAGUAUCCUGUGAUACUGGCUCAGAACCAUCCAAUAACCUUUCUUUUCGUAGAUUUUUAUCACCGCCAAUACAAUCAUCGAAAUCAGGAGACGGUUGUCAACGAACUUCGACAGGUCGUCUACGUUCCAGGCCUUCGACGUCUGGUCCGCAAAGUAGCUUCAAGAUGCCAGAUGUGUAAAGUGUACAAUGCAUCGCUGAGUUCCCCUAAAAUGGGACCGCUUCCCAGGGCCAGAGUUGAGGGGUUUGUCCGACCCUUCACCUACACCGGGUUGGAUUAUUUCGGCCCGGUGCUCGUUAAAGCCGGACGCAGUCAUGUGAAGAGGUGGGUGGCCUUAUUCACGUGCAUGACGACCCGGGCUAUUCACAUGGAAGUGGCUCAUAGUAUGUCGACGGAUUCCUGCAAGAUGUGUAUUCGACGGUUCAUUGCGAGGAGAGGUGCGCCAGCCGAAUUGUAUUCCGAUAACGGCACCAAUUUUCGUGGUGCCGCAAGUGAGCUCCAGAAGCAGAUCCAGAAGACCAAUCAAGACUGCGCUGAGACGUUUACGAACACCGUGACUAAAUGGUAUUUCAACCCACCAGCUGCACCUCACAUGGGUGGGGUGUGGGAACGACUUGUGCGAUCAGUAAAAGUUGCUCUACAGUCAAUGAACUUCGCUCCGAGAGUUCCUGAUGAUGAAACCUUUGAAACGAUGAUCCUAGAAGCUGAGAGUAUGAUCAACUCAAGGCCUCUUACCUAUGUUACACUGGAUUGGGCCAGCCAAGAAGCCCUAACUCCCAACCACUUCUUGUUGGGUAGUUCGAAUGGAGUUAAGCAACCGCCAGCAGAACCGACGACGCCAUCCGAAUGUCUACGCAGCAGCUGGAACUUGAUGAGACAUAUCUUGGACGGAUUCUGGACGAGAUGGCUACGCGAGUAUUUACCAACAAUUACAAGGCGUACGAAAUGGUUCAGAGAUACAAAACCAAUUGAGGUUGGUGAUCUGGUCUUCAUCGCCAACGAACAGAAGCGGAACACUUGGGUUAGAGGUCAGGUCGUUGAAGUCAUCAGGGGAAAGGACGGAAUAACCAGGCAGGCACUGGUGCGAACGGAAGCUGGAGUCAUCCGACGUCCCGCUGUGAAGCUCGCCGUUAUCGAGGUAGCUGAAAACGGUAAGGUAGCAGCCUGCCAACCAGGAGAACAGACUCAACCUUACGGGUCGGGGGAUGUUGGUACUGCGCUCGACUGUUCGCAGUCCCCUUGA